AUGGAGGUCCUGACGGAGACAAUAGAGGAGGAUGAGGCGGCUGAGUGGGAGGAGGCGGCCGAGCAGCCUGAGAGGUCUGAGAAAACGAGGCCAGCCGAGGCCCAGAAGGAGGAGACCACCCUGUCGCCCGAGAUGCUCAGAGACCUGGAGAGGAAGCUGUCGGAGAUCGAGGUCCCCACCCCAGCGGAUCACUGGUGAGUGGACGUGGACACUAUCGACCUCUCCAAGCUGCCUUUGACCUACAAAACCAACACGCCCAGGGAGAAGCUCCUGCUGCAGGUGGCGGACAACUUCUCCCGCCAGUACAGCCACCUGUGCCCCGACCGCAUGCCCCUCUUCCUGCACCCCCUGAAUGAGUGCCAAGUGCCCAAGUUCGUGAGCACGACCCUGCGGCCCACGCUGAUGCCCUACCCCGACCUCUACAACUGGGACAGCUGUGCCCAGUUCGUCUCCGACUUCCUCACCAUGGUGCCCCUGCCCGACCCCCUCAAGCCGCCCACCCACCUGUACUCCUCCACCACGGUGCUCAAGUGCCAGAAGGGCAACUGCUUCGACUUCAGCACGCUGCUGUGCUCCAUGCUGCUGGGCGCCGGCUACGACGCCUACUGCGUCCACGGCUACGGCUCCUGGGACCUGUGCCACAUGGACCUCACGCGGGAGGUGUGCCCGCUCACCGUGAAGCCCCAGGAGACGGUCAAGAAGGAGGAGAAGGCGCCCCCUAAGAAGUACGCCAUCAAACCCCCCCGGGACCUGACCAGCCGCUUUGAGCAGGAGCAAGAGGAAAAGAGGCAGCAGGAGAUCAGAGACCAGGAGGAGAAGCUGCUCAAAGAGGCCAAGGAGCGGCUCCUGGAAGAAACAAAGGUGAAGCCUGACUCCCUGCACGGCCUGCGGGUGCACUCCUGGGUCCUGGUGCUCUCGGGGAAGCGCGAGGUGCCUGAGACCUUCUUCAUCGACGCGCUCUCRGGGCGCAGCUACAGCCCCCAGGAUGAGCACUUCCUGGGCAUCGAGAGCCUCUGGAACCACAAGAACUACUGGGUGAACAUGCAGGACUGCUGGAACUGCUGCAAGGAUUUGGUCUUUGACCUGGGAGACCCUGUGAAGUGGGAGUACAUGCUCCUGGGGACCGAUAAGCCUCGCCUGUCCUUGACUGAGGAAGAGGAUGAGGACUUUAACGAUGAAGAUGAUGUGGAAGCGCUGGGCAAGGAGGAUGAGGACAAGAGCUUCGACAUGCCGCCCUCGUGGGUGGAGCAGAUUGAGAUCACCCCAGAAGAGUUCGAGACCCGCUGUCCCAACGGGAAGAAGGUGCUGCACUACCAGAGGGCGCAGCUGGAGAAGUGGGCGCCGUACCUCAACCCCAACGGCCUGGUGUGCCGCCUCACCACCUACGAGGACCUCGAGUGUACCCAGGUGCUGGAGAUCAAGGAGUGGUACCAGAACCGCGGGGACAAGCUGGAGCUGAGGCACAUCAACAAGAGCACGGGCCUGAUCAUCGACUACUUCAAGCCGGGCCACCCCCAGGCUCUGCGAGUGCACUCAUACAAGUCCAUGCAACCCGAGAUGGACCGCGUCAUGGAGUUUUAUGAAACGGCACGCGUCGAUGGCCUGCUAAAGCGAGAGGAAACGCCCAAGACAAUGACAGAAUACUACCAAGGACGCCCAGACUUCCUCUCCUACCGCCACAUCAACUUUGGGCCCAGGGUCAAGAAGCUGUCUCUGAACAGCACAGAUUCGAAUCCCCGACCCACGGUGAAAAUCACUGAGCGGUUCCACCGCAACCCCGAGAAGCCCGCGGACGAGGACGUGGCCGAGCGCGUGUUCCUGACCACGGAGGAGCGCAUCCAGCUGCGCUACCACUGCCGCAGYGACCACAUCACCGCCAACAAGCGCGAGUUCCUGCGGCGCACUGAGGUGGACAACAAGGGCAACAAAAUCAUCAUGACCCCGGACAUGUGCAUCAGCUUCGAGGUGGAGCCCAUGGAGCACACCAAGAAGCUUCUCUACCAGUAUGAGACCAUGAUGCAGCUAAAGAAUGAGGAGAAGCUGUCCAAACAUCAGGUCUGGGAGUCCGAGCUGGAGGUGCUGGAGAUCCUGAGGCUYCUGGAGGAGGAGGAAGAGGCGCACACGCUGACCAUCUCCAUCUACGAUACCAAGCGCAACGAGAAGAGCAAGGAGUAUCGGGAGGCCAUGGAGCGGGUGUUGCACGAGGAGCACAUGCGGCAGGUGGAGACCCAGCUGGACUACCUGGCCCCAUUCCUGGCCCAGUUGCCCCCGGGAGAGAAGCUGACGCGCUGGCAGGCCAUGCACCUCAAGGAGGAGUGCCUCGGCGACUUCAAACAGAGGCUCAUUGACAAGGCCAACGUCAUCCAGGCCCGCUUCGAGAAGGAGACCCAGGAGCUACAGAAGAAGCAGCAAUGGUACCAGGAGAACCAGGUGACGCUGACCCCGGAGGACGAGGACUUGUACCUGAGUGAYUGCUCUCAGGCCAUGUUCCGCAUCCGCAUCCUGGAGCAGCGACUCAACCGGCACAAGGAGCUGGCCCCACUCAAGUACCUGGCGCUGGAGGAGAAGCUCCUGAAGGACCCCCGUCUGGCGGAGCUGCUGAAAGUCUUCAUUUGA